AUUCACGGGCCCUCGAUUAUGUCCGUGGCGCCGAGAGGAGGUAAAUAGGCAGUUGAGCGACGCAACGCGAUCUUUGCUGCUUGGAGCGAUAGGAACCCUAAUCCUCCUACAGAACAAGGUCAGCUUUCUCCCAGCCUCCCAGAGCUGCUUGCAGGAGAUGGUGGGAAUUAAGGCGAUCUUUUUGGGUUUUGCCCUGCUGGCUGCUCAACUGCUCCAUGUCUGUUCAUCACCCGCCACUGUUCCUGCUUUUCUCUGGUCGCGUUUCAAGCACGGAUCCUCUCAGGAUAGUGCUAAAGAAGCUGUAAAUUACCAAACCAUCUCACCAAAUAGUUUAGCUAAAUUUGUUCUGUCUGAAGGUGGAUGGUCAAGCUUCAUGUGUUCUGGGGAGAACCUUCAUCAAAAUGUUGAUGUAGCUCUUGUUUUUAUUGGGAAAGAGUUACGAACAGCGGACAUCACUAGAAGCAACCAGCGGGAUCCUGCUCUGAUCGACUUAUUAAAGCAAUCAUUCAAGAGCUCCAAUGUUUCUGUAGCGUUUCCAUACAUAGCUUUAUCUAGUGAAAAGGACACGCUAGAAAAUUCUUUAAUCUCAGGAUUCAUUGAAAAUUGUGGGCAUGAUUUGGGAGUGAAAAAUAUUGCUUACAUGGAAUCCUGUUCUUUGGAGGGUCAAAACCUUCAAAAACUUGGAGGAUUGCAUUCACUUCAGGAUUACGUGAGUACAAAGAUGAAAUCAGGGGAAACUAAGUUGACUGAUCUGAUUGUUUUCUGUGGGGAAAAAUCUGAAGAAUCAGUCUAUACUGUAUCAGAAGGAAAGGUUUUAUCUGAAAUUGUUGAUUUGUUGGAGAAGUCUGGUUCAACAUACACAGUUCUUUAUGCUUCUGAUCCAUAUAGGUUGUAUCCAUAUCCUUCACACAUGGAAAUGAGAUUUCUUGCUGAAGACAAUUCUUCCACCAAUUCGACUCAUUGCGAUGGAGUCUGCCAACUAAAAUCAUCUCUUUUGGAGGGCUUAUUUGUGGGGAUUGUGCUGCUCAUAAUUCUGAUAUCAGGCCUUUGUUGCAUGAUGGGAAUUGAUACCCCCACAAGAUUUGAGACUGCCCCAGAAUCAUAAUUGUUCUUCACAACUGUAUUCUUAUAAUCAUGGAAUUUAAUCCAUAGAUGUUAGAAAGGCAUAUUGGAUUUCCAUGUCUUUGUUUUUUGGUCAGAUAUGCAAUGUGCUAUAACUCUCCUGUGUAUGUUGGUAUAUGCGGACUCUCAUAAGCUUUUUAUAUGUUGCUUA